AUGGAGAACGGAAACAUCAGCCAGGGCGAGGGUAAGGACCCCUCCAGCUUCCUCAGCGACAUCAUCGGCAACCCCGUCACUGUGAAGCUCAACUCGGGCGUCGUCUACAAGGGUGAGCUGCAGUCUGUUGACGGCUACAUGAACAUCGCGCUGGAAAAGACUGAGGAGUACGUCAACGGCGUCAAGAGGCGGGCGUACGGCGACGCGUUUGUGAGAGGAAACAACGUCAUGUACAUCUCCGCGGACUCGUGA